GCGGAACUUCAGUUCGACACCGUCUCUUCUCCACGAACCGUUCCGGAUGUAACACGGUGCGUCCGAGAAAGCAGUCUGUAGUGUGUGUGGUAACAUUACAAGGUGCUCGGUGCUUGAUAAAUAAAAUGACAGCUUGAACUGUUCCCGUAUGUGGAAGCUGUCCGGGGGAGAUAACCGUGUUCACCUUGGCUUUUGCUCUCCGUGCUGCAGACCUGACUGCGGGACAGCCAUGUGGAGCUGCGCACUGAGCCAGAGGCGAGCGGCACACUGCACCGGGUCACUUUGUGGAUUAUUAAACACGGGUAACUAGCUGGGCUUUAGCCAGUGCUGCAACACCUGACAGGAUGAACGCCCACAAAAUAGUUUGUAAGUCUCAUUUGCUCAAGUUGCUGUGGACUUCAGGAAGAAGCGACCGGAUAAAGCGACUCCACGGUGUGUGUGGGCGUGCACCCUUUUCAUCUUGUAGCCCAAAGGUGUGUAUUGUCGGAGCCGGUCCGGCGGGUUUCUACACCGCCCAGCAUCUGAUCAAGAGCCGUCAAGAUGUAGAGGUGGACAUUUAUGAGCGGUUGCCCGUGCCCUUUGGCCUGGUCAGGUUUGGGGUGGCGCCUGACCAUCCUGAAGUUAAGAACGUCAUCAACACGUUCACGCAGACAGCCCAACAUUCGCGCUGUAGCUUCUAUGGGAAUGUGAAUGUGGGAACGGAUGUGAGUGUAAAGGAACUGCAGCAAGCCUACCAUGCAGUCGUACUGAGUUAUGGAGCAGAAGGAAACAGGCGUAUGGGAGUGCCAGGUGAAGACUUGGCCGGUGUGCACGCGGCCAAAGACUUUGUGGGCUGGUACAAUGGACUCCCCGAUAACAGAAAGUUGCAUCCCGACCUGAGCUGUGAGACAGCAGUCAUUUUGGGACAGGGGAAUGUUGCCCUCGAUGUAGCAAGAAUAUUGCUCUCACCCAUGGACAUGUUAAAGAAGACUGACAUCACCCAGCCAGCCUUGGACCUCUUGGCAGAGAGCCGUAUCCGCAGGGUGCUGAUUGUGGGCAGGAGAGGACCCAUGCAGAUCGCUUGCACCAUAAAGGAGGUUAGAGAAAUGGUGAACCUGCCAGACACCAGACCUGAGAUGGUGGCUGCUGAUUUUAAGGGUAUCGCAGAGGCUGUUAAAGAGGUGCCGAGGCCCAGGAAGCGCCUGACAGAGCUGCUGCUGAAGACGGCCCUGGAUGUCCCAACAGAGAAGGAGCAGGAGAAACGAAGUAAAGCCUCCCGUGUCUGGGGCUUCCGCUUCUUCCGGAGCCCCGUCGAGGUCCUGCCGGCCCCCGACCUCAGCAGAGCUGCCGCCAUCCGACUGGCGGUCAACAGGCUGGAGGGCUCGGGUGAGGGAGCCAGUGCAGUGCCCACAGGCGAGGUGGAGGACGUGCCCUGCGGCCUGGUCAUCAGCAGCAUCGGCUACAAGAGCCUCCCCAUCGACCCGCUGCUGCCAUUUGACUCCCGCAAAGCCAUCGUGCCAAACACCAUGGGUCGUGUACAAAAGACUGCAGGUGUGUAUUGUAGUGGCUGGUUGAAGACAGGCCCCACAGGCGUGAUCGGCACCACUAUGAACAACAGUUUUGACACGGCACGCGCCCUCCUGGAGGACAUGGACUCAGGAGCCUUGGAUGUGUCCUCUGCCAAGCCUGGCUCACAAGGAGUCACUCCUCUGCUGGAGAAGAGAGGAGUAAAGCCUGUGGAAUUCUCAGACUGGGAGAAGAUAGACAACGAGGAGAUAAAGAGGGGUGUGGCCAUGGGGAAACCAAGGGAGAAGCUGCUUUCUGUGGAUGAAAUGCUGCACGUGGCCAGGACCUGACUGAAGAGAAGAAACUGUUCGCACAACACUGAACACCGCCAUACGUAAAUGUUGUGAUUAUAACACACGUGUUGCCGCAGACCUUCAAUAAGUGACAUCAUAGGGGGAAAAAAAAUCGCACUGAGAAGACCCUAAGACACUUUCACAGUUGUUGCCGUUCUCAUGUGGUUCCACACAUUCUUGUGGCAAGUAAGUUGCUAUCAUAAACUCUGUCUUGAACCCUUUGAAGAUACUUGAGGCAAAAAUACCUCUGUGUGACACACUGGACCUCAUUUUGUACACGUGGUACAAGUUAGAGAGACACUAAAUUUGUUUGGGACCACACUAACAGACAAAGUCAUUUUUAGAGUGAGCUAUUGGGGUAGCUUGUGUUAAUUUUGACUUUGUCCAGCAGCAUCGAUCUUGUGAAGACUAAGUUUAUGUUUUAUGUGGCACUGGCCUUAAAAACAAGGUGUCUAUUGGAUGCAAUCAGUGAAGUUAUGUAGAUUUCAAAGACACUAUAACUGAAAUAUAAGUUUGAACCAGCACUUGAUCAUGUGGGAGUCAUAAUUUUACUAAUUUUGAUGUAUCAGAAAAUAAAAUGCAACAACUUUCCUGUUUUGUCCUA